UAAAAUAUCCGGGGCAUCUGAAAAAUAAUAUUUUUAUACAGAGUAUUGAAAGUGCUACACUAAUACAGGUCGCCGAUGAAAUAUUAAUCGGUGACCUUCGAAUGGGGUGAAUAAGUGGUGAUAGAUCAUGGGUAGUUGGUUCGUGUGUACGCGUGCUUCUACAAAUAUUAUGUUCUGCCCUUUGAUAACCUGACGCAAUCAGCAACAUCCUUAAUGUAACUCAUGUGGACAAGUAAUAUCCUUCACUCUACACUAAGAAUAACGAUAAAAAGAGAAGCAAAUGAAAGAAAGCGACAUACAGCUAGACUCGGCGAACAGAAUGAUCUGUAAGCAGACCCGUGGUGUUCCCUUAAGGUCGAUGAAAUAGCCGACCCAAAGUCAAAUAUAAGAAGUUUAUUGAAAAAACUGUCAACUCUAGAAGAUGGCAUUUGUUCGUAGCAACGUUCUUUGUAUUGCAAUCAUUUGGUGCUUUGGAUCAUUUUAUUUUUCUGGUGCUGCCCUCGAACCAACUCAGAUAACAAGUGUUGUAGCGAUCAGUACAACAAGCCUUAGGGUGGAAUGGGAACCGUACAAAAACACCACCGGUAUCAUAGGGUAUGUCGUAUUUUUUGACGAUGGAAGCAUGACUUACCAAAACAUAACUGUCAUGGGUAGUGUGAGUACGGCUGCGGUUAUUGAUGGACUUACUAUGGAAGUACCAUACUGUAUCAAAAUGUCGUCGAUAACAAGAGAUGGUGUGUCCGAAAACUGGGACGGACGCGAUUGCGUGUGGGGGACUCCAAUGCAAGUAACAACUACAGCGUCCACUAAGGGAAUGUCAUCAUCAAAACAAUCAGCAAAUACUUCAACAGCCAUGAGUGCUGUGAGAACUGCACCCGACAUAUCCUGCCCACAAACACAGGAAUCCUCUACAUCAGGUGCCAGCAAGCAUUUUCCUCAAUGUGUUUCACUUUUUCUGGCAGCCUUGGUCUUUAUCUUGCCGUAAACGCGAGAUACACAGACCACGACAAUGGGG